AUUACAUCAACCCUCAGUCAGCAAAUGUGGAUCAUGGUUAUUUAGGAUAUUCGCUGCUUGUGGGCAUACCCUGUAGAACCUGGAAUUGCGUGAUUAUCUGCAGAACUUUCCUUAAAGCAGCAAUGACUUGUAGGUGAGACCUUGCUGGUGCCUUGAAUAACUUGAGCACACCCAGACAGUUUCAUCACAGUGAUAGUCUGUGAUAUAUAGGCUAGAUCAGAUGACACGGAUUGAUUAUUAAAAUUAUGACCAACAUUCACGUGCCGUGGCGAAGUGUCUGUAGAAGGAGCGUUCUUGGUUCAGUUUGUGCGUCGACGUGUGAAGUAGAACAUGGAGAAUAAGAAUAACCGUGGAUCGGCACUCUUGGAGAAUGUCAGGCAGAUAAAAAGUUUUUCCUGUCUUCCAAGUCGUAAAGAAAGACAAGUUACGAGCUGUUCUCCCCACCAGGAGUGGAGAAGAGGUGGAGCCGCUUCCCAGCAGUCAGUGACCAAAUAAGGCUGGGCUUUGCAUCGGCCGGUAAGUGGGGAUCGGGGUGACGCAAGUGUGACAGUCCGCUGGUUCCGUCCACUGAAGUUUCAGAUGCAUGAAGCUGAGAGGGUCCUGGCCUGUUCCUCCCCCUCAGGUCACUUUCUUUCUGGAGCGUAAUCCCGGCCCUUGUAGCUAUGCCAUCCGACCUGGCGAAGAAGAAAGCAGCGAAGAAGAAGGAGGCGGCCAAGACACGCCAGCGGGCCAAGAAGCCGGAUGAGGUGGGCGAGGCGGGGGACAUGCCGGAGAGUCGCGUGGACGGGGCAGAGCUAAAUGGCAUGGCCGGCCUGAAACAGGAGCUGGACGAGUUCGAGCUGAGGAAGACGGAGGCGCGGGCCGUGACAGGCGUGCUGGCCUCGCAUCCCAACAGCACAGACGUGCACAUCAGCAGCCUGUCCCUAACCUUCCAUGGUCAGGAGCUGCUCAGCGACACCAGCCUGGAGCUCAACUCGGGCCGCCGCUAUGGCCUCAUCGGCCUUAACGGCACAGGGAAGUCCAUGCUGCUGUCGGCCAUCAGCCACCGUGAGAUGCCCGUCCCUGAGCACAUCGACAUCUUCCACCUGACGCGUGAAAUGCCUCCCAGCCAGAAGACGGCGCUACAGUGCGUCAUGGAGGUGGAUCAGGAGAGGAUCCUGUUGGAGAAGGAGGCCGAGCGCCUGGCCCACGAGGACUCGGAGUGUGAGAAGCUGAUGGAGCUCUAUGAACGGCUGGAGGAGCUGGACGCCGACAAGGCCGAGGUGCGGGCCUCUCGCAUCCUGCACGGCCUGGGUUUCACUCCCGCCAUGCAGUGCAAGAAGCUGAAGGACUUCAGUGGUGGCUGGCGCAUGCGUGUCGCCCUGGCCCGGGCGCUGUUCAUUAAGCCCUUCAUGCUGCUUCUUGACGAGCCAACCAACCACCUGGACCUGGAGGCCUGUGUGUGGCUGGAGGAAGAACUGAAAAUGUUCAAGCGGAUCCUCGUCCUGAUCUCCCACUCGCAGGAUUUCCUGAAUGGCGUGUGCACCAACAUAAUCCACCUGCACCAGAGGAAGCUGAAGUACUACACGGGUAACUAUGACCAGUAUGUGAAGACCAGGGCAGAACUGGAAGAGAAUCAGAUGAAAAGGUACAACUGGGAACAGGACCAGAUUGCCCACAUGAAGAACUACAUUGCACGGUUUGGGCACGGCUCUGCCAAGCUGGCCCGGCAGGCGCAGAGCAAAGAGAAGACCCUGCAGAAGAUGGUGACAUCGGGCCUCACGGAACGCAUAGUGAAUGACAAGACCCUGUCAUUUUAUUUUCCUCCCUGUGGGAAGAUCCCGCCUCCGGUUAUCAUGGUGCAGAAUGUGAGCUUUAGAUACUCUGCCGACAUGCCAUACAUAUAUAAGAAUCUGGAGUUCGGUAUUGACCUGGACACGCGCGUUGCUCUUGUGGGCCCGAAUGGGGCUGGCAAAUCCACACUGCUGAAGUUGCUCAUGGGUGAGCUUCUGCCCACAGAUGGUAUGAUCAGGAAACACUCCCACGUGAAAAUUGGCAGGUACCACCAGCAUCUGACUGAGCAGCUAGAGCUGGACCUGUCUCCAUUGGACUACAUGAUGAAGUGCUAUCCGGAGAUCAAAGAGAAAGAGGAGAUGAGGAAGGUCAUCGGGCGCUACGGCCUCACUGGGAAGCAGCAGGUGAGCCCCAUCCGGAGCCUCUCUGAUGGUCAGAAGUGCCGGGUCUGCUUCUCCUGGCUGGCAUGGCAGUGUCCUCACAUGCUGUUCCUGGAUGAGCCCACCAACCACCUGGACAUCGAGACCAUCGAUGCCCUGGCAGAUGCCAUCAAUGACUAUGAGGGCGGCAUGAUGCUGGUCAGCCACGACUUCCGGCUCAUCCAGCAGGUGGCACAAGAGAUCUGGGUUUGCGAGAAUCAGACGAUCACCAAAUGGAAUGGAGACAUCUUAGCCUACAAGGAGCACUUAAAGUCAAAGUUCAACAGGCAGACACACGACAUCUAAGCCCUUCAGAUGUCACUGGCUUUAACACUGGACUCGUGUUGUACACUUUUAUGGACUUUUUUUUCCUUCAUUUUUUCCUGCCCUGAAUGAAAGCCAGUUCCCAUUUUAGCAUUGUCCUCCAGCUAUACUGUCUUUCGACUGCCAUGAUCAUAAUUAAAUUCUUGUUCUUCCAGUAAAAUGUUAUCAGUGUUUGAACAAUAAAAUGCUAUUUCUCCUUAUAACUUCCUGCACAGGACAGAUGACAUUGUUUUGUCUCGUGGAUAAAUCAGCUGAACUACCCUUUAAAAUUUUGUGAUGUCACAGGCGCGUGGGAGAGGCAGGCAGGGGAACAAAUGGAUGCGAAGACAUGAUGUAGAGAGGAGUAAUGCUCUUCUAAUGUCUUUAAGAAGAUAGUUGGGUGCUCACACUACUACCAUUCACACAUCAGUCACCUCAUGGUGGGCCACUUGUCAGGUAUGAAGAUACCACUUACCGUGAUAGGAGGGGGGCCGAAUCAGGCUUAGCCAAUCCCCUAGCGCCAUGUGCUACAAAAUGUACUUUUUAAAAUGUAAAUGCAAUAAUGGUUUGUCUGAAUAAAAAAUAUCUUGUAUCUAAA